GCCUCGGAGAAGCCCGCGGCUCUGGGGGCUGCUGGUGGCCCCAGUGGGGAAUCCCCGGGAGGGGCGACCAGGGGGGUGCCAGGAGGAAUCAGAGGAAUCGAGGCAGACGCCAGGCCGCCCUCCAGGGUAGUCCCGUUUCACGGUUCUGAGCCCUCUCUGCACUCUGGGGUAAUCGUAACUCGCAGUCCUGAAUCUAGCUGGCCCUCCGGGGGGUAGCAGUCCUCGAUUCUGGACCCAACCAGCACCCUGGGGAGGUUGCGGACCUCGGCCCUGGGUCCGUUCCAAACCCAGGCGGAUUAAAUGCCCCCUUCCCUGAAGCCAGUGUGUCCGGGACCUACAGCUUUGGUCCGAAGAGUGUGGGGUGUACAGCUCCGGAUGCAGUCCCGCUCCGAGUCCGCUUGCUUGCACUCCCACAAACCUUGUGAGGACCGACCUCGGGGCAUCCUAAAAAACGACGGCUCCAUCUUGACGCAGAAAUCCCCCAUUGCGGAGAAGAAAAAGUCUCAGUGGUGGGACGAAAUGAAUAUCCUGGCCACCUACCACCCUGCUGACAAGGACUAUGGAUUUAUAAAUGUGGAUGAGCCCAGCACUCCCUACCACGGGUGCUGAGCCCUGAGCCCUAACCCUACAGUCCGGACCCUUCAAAGGGAGUGAGGGGAGGCAGAGAGGCCCCAGGGACUGGAUGCUUCCAGAGACUCGCCCCUCACCACUCUGCAGACCAGUGAUAAGGACCUGCCCAGGGCGUCUCUCAAGAGGCUGGCAAAAAUGAACACUCUCCAUCCCAAGUACAGUGAUAACAACAGAAGCUCCGAGGCUCCAGACCACUUUUCCAAGACACGUGAAAUGAGCCUCCAGUGACUUCGACAACCGCUGGAAGACACACUACGAUGAAGAAAAGUUCUUCACGACUCGACUCAGAAAGUUUCCUCGUCAAUGGCUCUCCCUAGGAGAGGACCACCCCCUGCUGCUCCUCACCCCUCCUUGGGCCGGGAGCCCUUUCGCCGGCAGCCCCGCCCACCCUGGCGGUAGCGGACGAGAUGACGGUCAAGCUGGAUUUCGAGGAGUGUCUCAAGGACUCACCCCGCUUCCGGGCCUCUAUCGAGCUGGUGGAAGCCGAGGUGUCAGAACUGGAGACCCGGCUGGAAAAGCUCCUCAAGCUGGGUAAUGGCCUCCUGGAGAGCGGGCGGCAUUACCUCGCCGCCAGCCGCACCUUCAUCGCUGGCAUUUGUGACCUGGCCCGCCUGGGUCCUCCGGAGCCCAUGAUGGCGGAGUGUCUGGACAAAUUCACUCAGAGCCUCAGCCACAAGCUGGACAGCCACGCGGAGCUGCUGGAUGCCACCCAGCACACCUUGCAGCAGCAAAUCCAAACGCUGGUCAAGGAAGGCCUCCGGGCUUUCCGAGAGGCUCGCCGGGAUUUCUGGAAGGGGGCGGAGAGCCUGGAGGCAGCUCUGAUCCACAACGCCGAGGUCCCCCGGCGCCGGACCCAGGAGGCCGAAGAGGCAGGAGCCGCUUUGAAGACGGCGCGGGCCGGGUACCGGGGUCGAGCACUAGACUAUGCACUGCAGAUCAACGUGAUUGAGGACAAGAGGAAGUUUGACAUCAUGGAGUUUGUGCUGCGUCUGGUGGAGGCCCAGGCUACCCAUUUCCAGCAGGGCCACGAGGAGCUGGGCAAGCUGGCCCAAUAUCGCAGGGACCUGGGUGCCCAGCUGCACCAGCUGGUCCUGAAUUCGGCUCGAGAGAGGAGGGACAUGGAGCAGAGGCACGUGCUGCUGAAACAGAAGGAGCUGGGCGGAGAGGAGCCAGAGCCAACCCUGAAGGAGGGGCCUGGAGGUCUGGUCAUGGAGGGACAUCUCUUCAAACGGGCCAGCAAUGCAUUUAAGACCUGGAGCAGGCGCUGGUUCACGAUUCAGAGCAACCAACUGGUCUAUCAGAAGAAGUACAAGGACCCUGUGACGGUCGUGGUGGAUGACCUUCGGCUCUGCACCGUGAAGGUCUGCCCAGACUCGGAAAGGCGGUUUUGCUUUGAGGUGGUGUCGCCCAGCAAGUCCUGCUUCCUGCAGGCCGACUCGGAGCGCCUCCUGCACCUGUGGACCAACGCCGUGCAGAGCAGCAUCGCCACGGCCUUCAGCCAGGCUCACCUCGACAGCGGCCCGUGGGGGCCAGGCCAGGGCUCAGGACACCUGGCCGUGGGCUCCUCGGCCACCCUGGCCUGUGGCGGAACGGCCAGGGUAAGGGACUCUGGUGGAGCCGGGCAGGUGGCAGCCCAGGUGCAGAGCGUGGACGGCAACGCCCAGUGCUGUGACUGCCGAGAGCCCGCCCCCGAGUGGGCCAGCAUCAACCUUGGCGUCACCCUCUGCAUCCAGUGCUCCGGCAUCCACAGGAGCCUCGGAGUUCAUUUCUCCAAAGUCCGGUCUCUAACUCUUGACUCGUGGGAGCCAGAGCUGGUGAAGCUUAUGUGUGAGCUGGGGAACGUGGUCAUCAACCGGAUCUAUGAGGCCCGUGUGGAGGCCAUGGCGGUGAAGAAGCCGGGGCCCACCUGCUCCCGGCAGGAGAAGGAGGCCUGGAUUCAUGCCAAAUACGUGGAGAAGAAGUUCCUGACCAAGCUCCCUGAGAUCCGGGGGCGGAGAGGUGGCCGGGGACCCCCCAGGGGGCACCCUCCCGUGCCCCCAAAGCCUUCCACCCGGCCCCAGUCCGGGAGCUGCAGAGCCAGGCCAGAGCCCCCCUCUGAUGACCUGGGCGCCCUCCACCCUGGGGCCCUGCUGUUUCGAGCUGCUGGACACCCUCCAUCCCUCCCCACCAUGGCCGAUGCCCUCGCCCACGGCGCUGACGUCAACUGGGUCAACGGGGCUCAGGAGAACGCCACUCCACUGAUCCAGGCCACAGCUGCUAAUUCUCUUCUGGCCUGUGAGUUUCUCCUCCAGAACGGGGCGAAUGUGAACCAAACGGACAACCACGGCCGGGGGCCGCUCCACCAUGCCACCAUUCUUGGCCACACGGGGCUGGCCUGCCUGUUCCUGAAACGGGGGGCCGAUCUGGGAGCUCAAGACUCGGAAGGCAAGGACCCUCUGACCAUCGCCAUGGAAACAGCCAAUGCGGACAUCGUUACACUGCUACGACUGGCAAAGAUGAGGGAGGCCGAAGCGGCCCAGGGCCAGGCAGGAGACGAGACGUAUCUGGACAUCUUCCGAGACUUCUCGCUCAUGGCGUCUGACGACCCGGAGAAGCUGAGCCGGCGUAGCCACGACCUCCACACUCUUUGAUCCCAGGCCUUCGCGGGCCCGCGCCCCCCAGCCCCCUCUCCCCCGCCGCCGGCCCUUUGGUCAUUAAAGCCGCUGAGCUCUGCG